AUGCUUUUCUAUCUGCUGCUACUUGUUACAUUGGUUAAAUCACAAGUACAACAUACAGUUAUCAAUAGUUUCAACAAUAAUGUCAUCUGUGUCAACAAUGUUUGCUAUGAUGCCAAUGGCCUAUUUGUUUCUGGUGGUAACGGAUGCUAUGUUAUUAAUGGAAAAAUCUACAAAAAUGGCGUGUAUUUACGUGAUAUGACACCAAUGGAUUAUCGAAAAUUGGAAAUCUAUAAUCAAGAAGUAAAUCGCUGGAGUGUAGAUCUUCAAGAUAGUAUACAGCGUAGUUUUCCAUGGGAUGUACGAAAUCCAUCACAUACGGAAUUUCCAUGGAAUAUGAUGUCAAGAGACAAGCGCCACAUAAAUGAUCAGAAUCGUCGUCACAGACAUAAGCGAUUCAUGCCUUUUCCAGUGGUACCAUAUUUCUGUUGA